UUCUAAGAGUUGGCCAGGCAACCAAUGCACAAUGGGGGAGGGGUGUUUUUAUGUUGAUUCUGGGCUAAGGAAGAAGCAAGAGUUGAUAUUUUUUUAUCCCGUUGUCCCGAGUCUAGUACAGGACUAUGACACCAUUUGGUAGAUCCAUCUUUGGGGGCAAAGGAAGUGUAAAAAUGGAGCCCAGAGUAGACUAAGGAGUACCAGAGCCAUUGCUGUCAUAGGGGGAAUCACAGAAUCAGACUGUGGCAAGGACCAAAAGGGGGAUCUGCAGAGGGCAGAAGAAGGAGCCAGAGUCAUCUGAGUACCUAAAAAGAGCCUUCAGAAUUGGAACCAACUCCUUUGCAGGCAGUCUGUAGAGAAAUGGGGUAAAGGAAUAUGACACUGAACCAAAAGGUGAGUCUCUCAAGGACAGAGACCCAGGCAUCAUCAGCUGCUUCAAGAGGGCCUGGCUGUGGCUCCAGCUCCAGUUACUCCAGUUAUAUUCCCGGACCCCUCUCCCAGGGAGCCAAGUGGCCAUGAAUGAGCUUAGAAAAAAAUAUCUGUUCCAAAUGCCCCAGAAAAGAGUCUGGGGACUUGGCCUGGGCUCCUCCACUAUUGGCUUGGGAUUCUUCUUCCUCUGUUUGGGCAUGCUUCUCCCAGGCAUUCCCUAUGCCCAGGGAUAUUAUUCUUAUUAUGAAAUAGUCAUCCCCAGGAAGUUAACGGAAUCACUAGAGAAAAUAUCCUACGCACUAUUAAUGAAAGGCAAGAGGCAAGUGAUUCAACUGAAUUUGAAAAGAGGAUUAUUUGUCAAGGACUUUCCUGUCUACACCUACACCAAGGAGACUUUAGACCUAGACAUGCCUUUUAUCCAGGAUGACUGUUAUUAUGAUGGAUAUGUAGAAGGCCAGCUGGGGUCCCUGGUAUCCCUCAGCACCUGCUCAGGUCUCAAAGGAGUCAUAACUAUAGAUAAAUCAGUCUACCGCAUUGAGCCCAUUGGUACCUCAAAGGAGUUUGAACAUGUCUUGUAUCACAUGGAUGGGCAUGUGAAAGGCUCCUGUAAGGUCAGUGGAGAUCACUCAAAGCUCACAUCCAAUCCGCAACUAAGAAGGGAUGAGGACAACCUCAAUGAGGAGUCACAGCCUGUUCAAUUUCUCAACUACGUGUGGUCACACACCAAGUACCUGGAGAUGUUUGUCGUGGUGGACAAUAAGAGGUUCCAAAUGUGGAAUAGCAAUGUGACCAAGACAGCCCAGAUGGUGAUGGACGCCCUUGCACACGUUAAUACCUACGUCUGGAGAAUCAAGCUCAAGGUGGUCCUGAUAGGUUUGGAGAUCUGGACAGAGAAGGACCAGGUGAAGAUUUCUGAGGACUUGCAGGAAGUCCUCUAUAAUUUCAACCAUUGGAGAGAACAGGUGCUGUUCAUUCGGGCAAAGCACGAUGUUGCCCACCUCAUAGUGGGCCAUGAUCCAGGAGAGUACAUAGGAGAAGCAUUCUUCAGUGGGGCCUGUGUGUCCAAGUUCGCAGCAGGAGUGGAAACCUUCUAUCAUGAAGAUGUCUCCCACUUUGCAUUGCUCAUGGUCCAUGAGCUGGGCCAUAACCUGGGCAUGGAGCAUGACCAUGAGUCUUGCAUCUGUUUUGACCAUCCCUCCUGCAUCAUGCUUAGAACUAUCACCUUUGAGAAUAAUUUCAGCAACUGUAGCUUAGACUAUUUCUAUGAAUUUUUGCGACAGCACAAGGGAUCCUGCCUCUAUGACAAGCCGGUGCCUAGAGGAUUGCUCAGGAAACCCUUCUGUGGGAACCAUGUAGUAGACAAAGGAGAAGAGUGUGACUGUGGCUCUCAUGGUGACUGUAGGAAGGACCAGUGCUGCCUUCCCUCUUGCCAGAUGAGGAUGAAUUCAGAUUGUGCUUUUGGGCCCUGCUGCAAAAAGUGCAAGUUUCUGAAGGCAGCUACACCCUGUCGUCCCAGUGUGGAUGAGUGUGACCUCCCUGAAUACUGUAAUGGUACCUCCAUGUGGUGCCAGCCAGACACCUACAAGCAAGAUGGCACCCCCUGCAGGGGCCCAGGUUACUGCUACCAAGGACGGUGUAGGAGUGUGGAGAACCAGUGUGUUCAAAUUUUUGGGGAGGGCUCCAGAGCUGCCCGUAAGAGCUGUUACCAUCUCCUGAACACCCAGGGAGACAGGUUUGGGAACUGUGGCAGUAACCAGAAAGGCUUACUCAAGGUGUUUGUCAAGUGUAAUCCUGAGGAUGUCAUGUGUGGGAGGCUGCUGUGUGAAGACAUCCCAAGGCUGCCCCAAACUAGGAACCAUCACACUCUUAUCCAGAUCCCCAUUGAGGGCACUUGGUGCUGGGGGAUGGACCUCUUUGAGGACAUGGAUGAUGACCCUGAUGGGGGGGCUGUGAAGGCAGGCACCUCAUGUGGUCCCCAGAAGAUCUGUAUCAAUAGAACGUGUUCUGAUUUGCAGGUGCUACAAUCUGACUGCAAGUCAGAGGUCACGUGUCGUGGGAGAGGGGUCUGCAACAACCUCAAGCAUUGUCACUGUGAUUAUGGCUAUGCCCCUCCCACGUGUGAUUCCAAGGGCUUUGGAGGCAGUGUGGACAGUGGCCCCACUCAGGAGGCCGGCAUUGCUCCUCUAUCAAUCAUAGCCCCGGGAUUCCCUGAACGAAAUAAUCCUCCUACUCAAGCAGUCCACUUAAAUUUUCCUAGAGCUAUUAGAGCUAAUGUUGAAUCUGAUAUAAUAGAGGACACUUCUGAAGACCCCUUAAUCAGCUUUGGUCCCACAGUGGAAAUUCCUCCUCCCAUACCUACAACACCUGCAACCAAGAAAAUCCCGGCCGCCCUCGUUCUGAUCUCAGCCUUGAUUAUCAAUAUCAUCCUCCUCCUCAUGCUGCUUUCUUUCAUUUUUGUUGUCUUUUUCUGCCAAAAGGCCCCUCCAAUAAUUUGUGAACGUCAAGAGAAGAAGCCUUAACCUUCUCCAUGAGGGAACAUCAGGUGCUACAUGCAAGGAGAAAGGUACUGGGAGGCCUGCCUUUCUGGCAUUAAGUGGUGCCCAUGGCAUGACCAUGGAAGUAGAAGUGGAAUAGCAUUUCCAAAAAAAUGUGUGCAUGUGUUUUGCAGUUUUCCCUGAGAUUGAGAGGGUUAGAAUAAAAGAAUGAAUUCAA